AUCUAAUGUUGCUCUUGGCUGCAUAUCUAGAUUAUUGCAGGGAUUGUUUACAAUCUCAUUUGAUAAUAAUCUCACCAUAUGACAGACAUUUGAAGGGCAGUCUGCCUAGAGACAGAGAAUGUGUAUACCUGUUCAAUUACAGGCAAACUCCAAAGCUGACUUUGUUUCAGAUAUUUCUUAUUGUACUGUCCCAACAUGGCUUUUGAAGGAGAUUUUGGCAUUGCUGGGAACCCUUUCCAGUUUGUACUCUCUCUCACACAGUGAAGGGCGGCUUAGUGCGGAAUAAUCCUGCAUUUUUUGGACCUCACAAGAAUUGCAUUUUGAGCAAUUCUAAGGACACAACGUGUAUUAAAGGAUUAAUCUAUAAACCAGGUGGGAGGUAAGAGGGGAGAUUUCUAAAGCUUAGUCGAACAGAAAGCGUAGACCUUUCCGUUUGGGGUAUCGCCUCACCUUGCCAAAGUACAAUCCAUAUUCCUGCAUUCUGGAGAUGAGAUAGCACAAACUUUAUUAAGAGUCAGUCAUAUGCGCUUUGAAUUCUAUUUUUUUUCAGUGAGGGAAGCAAAUCUGUGUCCUACCUGCAGUAUAGCAUCUUAACUCAGCUGUCAUUUUCAUUUUGAUUCAAGAGGCACCUUUUUUCACUUGUUUUGGAUUCAAUAGAGAAAAAGAGCUCCAUCGCCAUUUCUGAAUGCAUUAGAGAGUGUGCAUAUUGUCUUUAUGUAAUCAUCAUGCCAACAGAAAAAGGUCAUCAUAACUUUGUGUGUGUGUGUGCGUGUGUGUGUGUGUGUGUAUGUGUGUGUAUUACAAAUGUCCGCAAGUUAACAGUAAGUAUAAACAUUUAAUGUAACUAAAAAUUCAUACAAUUUAUUCAAAGCUGUCCUGGACCAGAAACAUCUAACAGGCAAUAAAUAUGACCCUUUUAAAUAUAUGCCCUUGCAUAUUCUUUAACUUCCUGUUCAAGCCAUCAUCGUGAAGCCUUUAAUUAUUCCCCUUGGUAGUAAUGGUCCUUAAUUAUAGGGACAUCAAUGUAAAAACAAGAGCAAGCCUAUGUGUGCACAUAAAGAAAUUGUUCUGCUUGCCCAUCAUAAGUCAAUGCUGUUCAGGUUUAUUUCUGAGAAGGUUGGAUGAACCUUACGGAUAAAGUCCAUGACGAAUUGAUGACUCGUGAAAUGGGAUGGUCAGAAAAUAUGAACCUUUAUUUUUUACUACAUCACUAAUCUCUAUAGUUAUACAGGGACAGAAAAACACGAAGUUUCUGUACUUGUUCAGUCAACUGUUGCACACCUAUCAUGGAUGGCACAAGCAAGAAGAGGUGAAAGUUCCGCACAGCAAUGCACAUGACUGACUGUCAUGUUUAUUAUUCUUUCACAGCAGUGUAAGUAGUUCACCUGAGCUGGGAGCAAUGGCGAGGAUAAGAAGCAGCCUCUUUGGCCCAUCUGUGAAUUAUUCAGUACUCAACCAUGCCUGCAGAAUCCGAUUUCCUUUAUGUCGUCUGCAGGCUUGGCUAUCGGAUGUCCAAACAAUGCCCAUGUCAGCUAGGACACCUGACACGCCCUCUGAGUGCUGUUAAAAUAAACACUAUUCUGCUGUUGACCGCAGACUCGCUCAAGUGUGUUAUCAGCAACAAAUGACAGGCGACUGAGAGACACGGCUCCCAUGUGACAGAGAUGUAUGUUUAGCAUGUCAGUAUAGCAUGUGGAAAUGAAUGACACUGUCAGGUUUCUCUGUAGACACUAUUUCCAUCUGUCUCAGACGGUUAUCUGUGUUAUUAACAGUCCUAUGUGUUUAUAAUACCAAGUGACUGCCAUUUUGUUGUUCGACAGCAAGCUUCAGCUUAUCUUAGGAGAGAUUCAUUCUAGUAUCUGCGCUGGCACAGAAAAGGACCUUUGAUCUGUGACAUGGCUGUGCAAACAGAUGUAUCCUGGUUAUUAAGUAUUUGAUAAAUGUCACCUAUCAUAACUCCACACCCCUUAUUCAAACCAUGUCUUCCUCCUGCAGAUCACAGCCGUGUGUUACAGACAGUUAAGAAAUGUGAUCUGUCAUAAUGUUUUUACAGACAUUUUCAGAAAUUGAUCUAAUAAAGUAUGACCUGAGCCACUCCUGUUUGCUUAAACACGGAGAAAACUGAUGAGCUGACAACAACAUAACUCAAACAAAGUUAGAAUUAGCGUGUAUUCAGAAUAAGAGUUCUUCGAUGCUGUUUUGGAAGAGUUUAGGGGAGUUAACAAACAGCAUAACCAAAUAUUGAUCUAUGAGGUAUUUACAUACUCUGUGUAUGGUUACUGGAUCCGGCAUCUAACUUUCCACAGGAGGUGCAUGACCAAUGCCCCGCCUCUGCAGAGCCAGGGAUGCAAAUAGUACCUCGACAGGUAUCACUUUACACUUGAUCCUUUGGCAAAGAGGCACAGUCAUCAGAUCACAGCAGCUCCUUUACAAAGAAAACCAGACAGCAUGCCCUCGUCAACUGAGACGCAUUGACAAUAACAUUCAAUAGGAUCAGUCAACCGAUCGUCACCACCAUGAGUGCUGCAGCUAUGCCAAUUGUGGAGCUUUUGGGAGUCCAACUAGACAUGGAGCUGGUGUUGAAACUGAGUCUCUCUGUGGCUGCGGUGCUGCUGGUUUCAUGGGCAUACAGGUUCUACAGCUCCAGAGAAGCACCGAAAAUUCAGCUCUGCGUCAAAGACAACAAAGAGCCAGAAAAAGCAACCUGCCAAAACUGCAAGAGGACACUACGAUGUCGAAGCUCACCAAAACAUGACACCGAUGAUGGGGGCAAGCGACCCGGACCCUCGGACACAGACUCAGCAACUGAUGACCUGACAUCUGACAACUCCAAAGAAACGGCAGUGGAAGCCUGUCCAUGCCAAGCUGAAAAGAACGAGGAUGCAUUUAGUAUGUCAUAUAGAACCCAGGAUAUCAGCAUGAAAGGAGAGAAACUCACUUCUCAGGAGCAGGCACAGGUUGCCACCAGUAAUAUUUCAUUUGGAUCUGCUUUGAACUUUCCUCAUCCAACUGAGAGUGGGAUGGCCAGUGCAACGGGGCGCCGCUCCCCUCGCUUUUUUCAGAAGCUGGAGGGCAGUGUGGGUGUGGGCAGGGAGUUAAGGCAGGACUUGGAGCACCAGGGGGCCUACUCCAGCUUCCUCUCCAAGGCAGAGAUCAAAGUGGAGGAUGCAAACGUUGUGCUGGAGGGAACGGGAGACCAGAUUGUGCGUGGAAAGAUAUAUGAUUACUAUGUUGAGUCUUCCUCUCACUCUAUAACAGACUCGAACACCAUUCUGAGUCAGCAUGAGAGGACCUCUGAUUCACAGUCUGUGGAGAUUGGAAGUCGUGGCAGCAGCCUCAAAGAAUCCCUAUCCUCUCUAAGCCCCAUCAUCAUGCGUGAUCUGGUUUUACCACAAAGCCCUGUUGAGGAUCCCUCCUUGCUGGGAAGCCUCAAACCGAGGCACCCCGCAAGGCCUGUACUCCUACGCAAGGAGAGCUAUCUGUCUGCAGCAGAGCAGUCUGAGCUUUCCAUCCCCUCUCUAAAUACAAGAGUCUCAACUCCAAAGACUCACUCUGUGGCCCCAACCAGCAAUGAGUCAAUCUCUCACUCAACAGACAGCGAAGGCUUUAAUGUGGGAGAGGAGGAAGAUGUAGAGACUAUAGCAGCAUUUUUACACCCUCCAGCAAAAACUCUCGACGUCACAGAUUCGGAAAGCUUGAAGAAUAAACUCGAUCUGGGUAACUGUUUGGAGAUGCUGUGUCUGGCCAAGAAACAUGGCCAGACCUCUGUGCAGCAAGCAGCCCUGGGAGUCAUGUCAGACAACUACCUCCAGGUGCUCAGGGACCCCAACAUUUAUGGGCGGCUCAUGGCUGGUGAGCGGGAGCAAAUCCAGAAGCAGAGGAUGAGAGGGAGAAGGUUUGUCAUGGUGGCAGAUAUGGACCCUCAAGACUGGGCGAGGAACACAGGCGAGCAGACACCAGAGACAGGGCAGAGGAGGACGUCCAGUGCGGUGUACUGUUAUGAUGACUACAAAGACGCCUGGCAUAUACUUUGCCUGAUCCCACAGGAGGUCAUCUCUGAAGCCUGUGCCAUGUGCACAAUGGAUAACUACUUGUUUGUGGCAGUGGGCUGCCAAGGCACAGAGAGAGAAAUGACACCCUCAAAGCGAGUGUUUUGCUACAAUCCUUUGACAUCAAUUUGGAAGGAGAUCAGUCCUAUGAAUGAAGCCAGGCCCAGCUGCAAACUGGCAGCACUGGAGGGCUACAUCUACGCCAUCGGAGGGGAGUGCCUCUCCUCAGUAGAGCGCUACGACCCGCGAUUGGACAGAUGGACGUUUGUGGCUCCACUGCCUAAUGAUACAUUUGCUGUGGCACAUCACGUCACAGUGAGCAGGGGAGAGCUUUUUGUCUCUGGGGGAACUCUUAGAUAUAUGCUGCUGCGCUACAGCCCCAAAACCAACAGCUGGAAGCUAAGUCUGUUGGUAGGCAGCAAAGACAGAACUGCAGAUAUGAUAGCCGUGGGGAGAUUUCUGUAUCGGUUUGAUGUCAACCCACUGCUGGGUGUCAGCGUGUACCGCUACCAUACGGUGGCUCGAAUGUGGUACGAGUGCGGCUCCAAAAGGCUUCAGCACUGCCCCGCAUUCCAGUGUGUCAUGUUGGACGGCACGAUCUAUUGUAUCAGCCGGCAGUUCACCAUGAUGUUCGAGGCUGAUGAGAUCUCCCCAGGUUUCAAAGAUGAGAAUAUGAGUGUCCUCACUGCAGUGAAGGGCAUACUUUUCCCUUUUGUCCUUUCACUCCCUGAUAAGAAACCUCGUCAGACCAGCGUGUGAAGGAGGAUUCAGUUUUCCAUUAAUGAUAAGAUUAGGUGGUGAUGGAGUAUCCCCAACAAGAGCAUGCUUUACGUGAAGUUUCUUGUUGACUGAGUGGGUUUUGCUGUAUGCUUGACCCAGCCCCAAAUGUUACUGCAAAACUGUAAUCACUGUGUUGUCUUUUCUCUGUGGUGUUAUUAAGAUAACCUUUCCACAAAGCCGCAAAGCUUCUAUUUGCUACUGUCUUGAAUUGGGUGUGGUACAAAAAAUGUGUGUUCCUUAUGUCACGGCCCCUGGCAGUAGAUGCAAAGUAUCAGACUCCUAAUGGUAGCCAAACUACUGUUUGCUUAGAUUUAUGGAUGAGCUGCCAUGUACAUUGUUUGCUUCUUUGAUUUGCCACUCUCUCCUGCCAUUGAGUUAGUUUUAUAUCAUCCCAGAUGCUUAACCUCUUUAGAUCAUUUAUAAAUAAGACUUGGAGUAAAUGAGCUCAUUCAACUCUAACACAUUACAGAGAUUUGGCAAUAUCGUGGUAAUCUAUCACUGUGUAGGUCACACAUAUAACUUACACAGUGGCCUGGAUACAAUGCAAUUAUCUACAGUUGCUCUUUAAAUAUGACAAGAUGUAAAUUGGUUUGUCAUACAAUAUAAAUAGGCGGGCUUCUGAAAGCAUUUGUCACUACUUUUGAAAAUCUUCCGAGGCUGAGACUUGCUGUUAUUUUGGGGAUUUUAGGUACUCUCCUUUGGAGGCCAGAAAGAAGUGUAUUUGUUUUAAUCUUGACUGAGCAAAGUCUUUGUUCAUGUACCUACUUAAUAUAUUUGUUUUGAUAUCUAUUGUUUUAUAAACAUCAAAGAAAUAAAUGAGUGUCAUUCAUUGCAUAUUAAUCAACACAGGUGUUAAAUCAAAUGUCUAUUCCAAUAUUUGUGUGACCUAUAACCAAUGCUAUAAAAACAUAACACAAUAACACUUUUUGUUUAUUUUGUGUUGGGCAAUCACAUUAUAUAUAGAAUGCUACAAGUAAUAAUUUCUAAGUUCAUCACUCAUCAACUUUGUCAUUGUAAUACUGAGGACUUUAAAGACACUGACAGGUUCAAGAGAGUGACGUGCUGCUAUAGCGCCAUCAUGUGGCUCACAGGGCAAACUCAACAGGGCUUUGGGUAAGACAUGUUAAGCUCUCGACUUCCCACAGCACCGAGGCGAUGCCUUGCAUGUCUCAUCAGUGGAGUGACGAGCUAGCUAGCUAAACGGUGGGUGAGACAGAGGGCUUCAGCUGCACGGGAAGGCAGCAGG